AUGUUUCUUUUUCUCCUCCUCCUCUCUGCUUCCCGCUCCGGCGAAGAUUCGCCGUCCGGAGACGGCAUUCCAUUGGACACCGGCGAUCUCAGCAGAAAAAGUUUCCCGGAUGGAUUCUUGUUCGGAACCGCCACGUCAGCAUAUCAGGUCGAAGGCGAGACGCACCAAGACGGUCGUGGCCCAAGCAUUUGGGAUGCAUUCGUCAAGAUCCCUGGGAAGAUUGCUAAUAAUGCCACGGCUGAGAUAACAGUAGAUCAAUAUCACCGUUACAAGGAAGAUGUAGAUUUGAUGCAGACACUGAACUUCGAUGCUUACAGAUUUUCCAUCUCAUGGUCCAGAAUAUUCCCUGAGGGAACUGGUAAAAUCAACUGGAAAGGAGUUGCUUAUUACAAUAGAUUGAUCGGUUACUUGAUCCAAAAAGGGAUUACACCGUAUGCGAAUCUGUACCAUUACGAUCUUCCUUUGGCCUUGGAACAAAAGUAUCAAGGCUUGCUUAGUAAACAACUAGUGGAAGAUUUUGCCGACUACGCAGAGUUUUGUUUCAAGACAUUUGGAGAUAGAGUGAAGAACUGGAUGACGUUUAAUGAGCCGCGUGUGGUAGCUGCUUUAGGUUAUGAUAAUGGCAUUUUUGCUCCGAGUAGAUGCUCCAAAGCCUUUGGAAACUGCACUGAAGGAAACUCUGCGACCGAACCAUACAUUGUUGCCCAUCAUCUUAUCUUGGCACACGCAUCAGCGGUCCAAAGAUACCGCCAAAAUUAUCAGGAGAAACAAAAGGGUAGGAUUGGGAUUCUUCUUGACUUUGUUUGGUUUGAGCCUCUUACGAGUAGUGAAGCAGACAAUGACGCUGCUCAAAGAGCAAGAGACUUCCAUGUCGGAUGGUUCAUUCACCCAAUAGUAUAUGGAGAGUAUCCAAAGACGAUGCAGACCAUCGUGAAAGAGAGGCUUCCAAGAUUCACCGAGGAAGAAGUGAAAAUGGUGAAAGGUUCCAUAGAUUUUGUGGGGAUAAACCAGUACACGACCUAUUUCAUGUCAGAUCCACAUCUCACUACUCCACAUAAGGACUUGGGUUAUCAACAAGAUUGGAACGUUGCUUUCAACUUUGCAAAGAAUGGGACACCAAUUGGUCCAAGGGCACAUUCGGAAUGGCUAUACAACGUACCAUGGGGAAUGUACAAGGCCUUGAUGUACAUUAAAGAACGUUAUGGCAACCCGACAAUGAUUCUCUCCGAAAACGGUAUGGAUGAUCCGGGCAACAUUACUCUAGCUCAAGGACUAAAUGACACAACGAGAACCAAUUAUUAUAGAGACUACUUAACGCAGCUUAAAAAGGCGGUAGACGAUGGAGCCAAUCUAACUGGAUAUUUCGCGUGGUCGUUGCUAGAUAAUUUCGAAUGGCUAUCGGGAUAUACUUCAAGGUUUGGAAUUGUGUACGUUGAUUACAAGAACUUGAAGAGAUACCCCAAGAUGUCUGCUUUAUGGUUUAGACAACUUUUGAAACGAGACCAAAAAUGA